CUGUUUGAAAAGGUAAGAGAACACAGCACUUCCUGUACUGGGCAUGAGUCUGUUUGACCAGGAUGUGAAUGACAUGUGGAGUUUCCAGCACCCCAGUCUGUACGUUCCAGGCCAGUUGAAUCAGUACUUCAGUAAGACAGCCUUCUUUAAGUGUGCCCUCCACAGUGUCUACAGCUCUGUAGUGCUGUUCUUCAUCCCCUACGCUGCCAUGUACGACACGGUCCGAGACGACGGGCGAGACAUUGCUGACUACCAGUCCUUCGCCCUGCUGGCCCAGACCUGUCUGGUCAUCACCGUCUGUAUACAGCUGUGUCUGGACAUGUCCUACUGGACAGCGGUCAACCAGUUCUUUGUGUGGGGAGUCUGGCCAUGUACUUUGUUGUCACCUUCAGCAUGUACAGUAAUGGCACGCAUAUCACCUUCCCUGCAUCCUUCCCCUUCAUCGCCCAUAGAGCUGAAGGAGAAAUAUAUGAGUAAGCAGUGUGGUUUACAUUCAUGUUAA